AUGGCUUCAGAGCCAGCAACAAAACGAGACUCGCUGGUCUCGAACGUCCGGCCUCUCAUAUCCAACUUCCUUGAAACAAUCGACUAUGAUCCGCCGUCGAGGCCCAACAGGAGCGCCCUUCGUGCCGCCAUGACUGAGUAUGCCGCCACUUCCGGAGUCCCCUACAUCGAAGACAAGCACUCCCGCCAAUGUUUCGAGACGGGACUCUCCGUCGCCAUAGACAUGUAUCCUAGCCACCCUCUUGAAGUUCAGCUCCACAUCGGGAUCUUCACGUGGCUUGGAUUCCUCAUCGACGACACGAACAAAUGCAUAAGCUCCGACCUGGCGCAUUUCCAAGCCCGCUUCUACACCGGCCAACCUCAGCCGUCGCUAUUAUUGGACCACUUUGCACACACUCUACGUAAAACUUACCAAUAUUACGACCCGGUUAUCGCCAAUACAAUAGUCCUCUCCGCACUAGCCUUUGUGAAUGCAAAUGCGCUCGAGACACGACGGGAGUUCCAGGAGCUCGUGCCCUCACAGGCAGCUGCAAGCUGGCCGUACUACUUUCGGGACAAGGAGGGCCUCCCUGACACAUAUGCCGGCUUCAUCUACCCGAAGGCUCUGUACCCCAAUAUCGGAAGCUUCCUGCAAGCCUUCCCAGACAUGGGAAGGUUCAUUAACCUGACAAACGACAUUUUAUCAUUCUACAAGGAAGAGGUCGCUGGCGAGACCAAGAACUACGUCAACAGCAAAGCCAAAAGCGAGAAGAAGACGGCCAUGACGGCCAUGAGAGAGAUCGUCGCAGACACCGCUCAGCGAUACCUGAGUGUGACAAGCGUCCUCGCCGGCAAAGAGCCCUAUGCCCGGGCGUGGCACGAGUAUGUCAUGGGCUACGUGGACAUGCAUCUCAGGAACGACCGUUACAUGUUUGCAGACAUUGGCCUUGACGACAGGUUCAUGAACCAAUAA